AUGGAUCUGUGUCUUGCCUUCUUCCCUGGUCCUCAAAAUUGCCCCAUAUUUCCAAUACAGCACUACAGUAGAACGUGCAGACUGCACGCAACUCCAAGAGGCCACCACCAGAAGACGCUCUUUCAAUCCCCAGAACACAUGAUUAUUCCAACACCAUACCAGAAGAAGAAGAAGAAGAAGAAGAAGAAGAAGAAGAAGAAGAAGAAGAAGAAGAAGAAGAAGAAGAAGAAGGAAAACUUCUCAGCCUUAGCUAGGAUCAGGCGAUUUCCAUACCUCGCCCCAGCUAUGCGACCGCCUGCCGUGCUUGCAACUUCCACGAAAAUAUCCAACCACAUAGCCUGUCGGUAA